AUGCUUCCAAGAUCGUUCAACAAGGUGCGUCGCCAUGACUUCUCGUUGACAAGCCUCUCUACGAUAUGUUUCCGCACUCGUCUCACCACUCCUGCUCACAUGUUGGUCACAGCCAGGGAAUACCGCACCAAGCGUGUGCGCGAGGCUCGCGACGAGGCCAAGAAGGAGAUAGAAGACUACCGCAAGCAAAAGGAGGAGGAGUUCAAGAAGUUCGAGUCGGAGCAUGCCGCAGGCAACAAGCAGGCUGAGGACGAGGCCAACAAGGAGGCCGAGACCAAGAUCACUGAGAUCAAGUCAGCGGGCAAGAAGGGCCAGGACAAGGUCGUUGCCGAUCUCCUCAAGGCUGUGUUCGAGGUCAAGCCCGUACCCCCCACCACCGCUUAG